AUGUCUUUCAACUGGCGACGACCCUUCACUCGCCGGCAAGGCGAUCUCGUCAACGCCAACAACGAAUCUCACUAUCGACCCGAUGGGUCCUUCGACGGUGGCGAUGGCGGCACCGUCAGCGACGGCAGUCUCCAAUACACUGUCGAAAAAGGCGGCAACGACUCUCCGCCCGCCUACCAAGAAGCCACGGGCGCGCCGGUAGAAGUUAACUCCCCCCUGGGAUAUUCUGUGGGUCCAUUGUCCAUCAUCAUGUUGAAUAUCGGCAAGAUGAUUGGGACGGGUGUUUAUUCGACUCCAUCAAAUAUCCUCCGCGGUACCGGAUCCGUGGGUCUAUCCAUGAUCUUCUGGGCUCUCGGCUUCCUGACGUCGAUUGCGAACUUAUCGGUAUAUCUCGAAUAUGCGUCGUACUUCCCGAACCGAUCGGGGUCGGAGGUGGUCUAUCUGGAACAGGCGUACCCGAGGCCGAGAUGGCUUUUUCCGACGGCUUUUGCGUUUCAAUCGGUUGCGCUGUCGUUUAGUAGCAGUAAUGCUAUUGUCCUCGCCCAGUACUUGUUCAGGAUAAACGGCCGCUCUCCAACAGCUUGGGAACUCAAAGGCGUGGCUGUAGCCGGUUAUACCUUUGCCGCUUUGUUCGUCUCCUUCCACACCCGCCUCUCCUACCACCUCUCCAACGGCAUCGGCAUAAUCAAAGUCCUCACCCUGAUCUUCGUCUCCAUAACCGGUCUCGUGGUACUAGGCGGGCACGUCUCCACCGCUCGGAUCCCGGACCCGCAUAUCAACUUUCGCGAUGCCUUUUCCGGCCAAGCAACGCCGUACGGCGUCACCAACGCGCUGUACAAGAUCAUAUUCUCGUACGCCGGGUUCGAGAACGCCUUCAACGUGGUCAACGAGGUGAAGAGCCCCGUGAAGCAGAUCAGGAGGAACGGGUUUGUCGCUCUCUUGAUAGUGGCCGUGCUGUAUAUCUUGGCAAACGUGGCGUACUUUGCUGCGGUGCCGAAGGAGGAGCUGGUCAAGAGCCAGCAGAUUGCUGCUAGUCUGUUCUUUACCAGGGUGUUUGGAUCGGGCGGUGCGGUGAGGGGAUUGAACUUUCUGAUUGCUUUGAGCUCGUUCGGGAACCUUGUUGCGGUGUUGAUUGGCUCGUCGAGGUUGAUUAGGGAGUGUGGGAGACAAGGGGUGCUUCCCUUCCCACGUUUCUGGGCUUCUACCCGUCCCUUUGGCACUCCGCUUGGGCCAUACUUCGUCAAAUGGGCGUUGACCAUCCUCAUGAUCCUCGCCCCUCCCGCCGGUGAUGCCUUCAACUUCAUCACCGAUCUCCAAGUACUGCCUUCAGCCUUCUUCCAGUUGGUCAUGGGUAUAGGCUUGUAUGUAGUCCGCUAUCGACGCUCUCGGUUGAAUCUUCCGCGCCCUGAGUUCAAAGCGUGGGACCUCGUGGUCGUGUUCAACAUCUUGGUGCAGCUGUACCUGGUCGUCAUGCCGUGGUACCCGCCCGCGGGAGGAGCGUAUGCGGGCGAUGUCAGCUUUUGGUACGGGACCUAUGUGGUCACGGGUGUUGGAAUAUUGGUCGCAUGCGCCAUCUAUUACUACCUCUGGAUCACCGUGAUUCCGAAGCUUCGUGGUUAUCGAAUUCGCCAGGAGGUUCUGCGGCUUGAGGAUGGUGCACAGAGCCACAAGCUUGUCAAAGUGCCGGUUGCCAAGUUGAGUGGGUGGGAUGCCACGCACGACGCUGUUGGUCGCCCGUUGAAUGACUCCGCGGUUCGUUCAGAUCGCGGCUCCAGUAACGGCGUUUCGGAUGAGAAAAGCCGACGUCAACGGAUGAAGUUCUGGUGGGAAGGAAUCAGCAAGAUGUGGAGAAGUGAUGAAAAAUGUGGAGGAGUAUUCACGGAUACAUAG